CGCGAGAACAGAGCUUCGAUCAUAACAAAAAGGAGGGAACUUAACGUCUUGCAACUAUGAAGGAUAAGAUUCUUGCCGCUGUAUACAUUCUAGGAUGGGCAUUAGCCACUGGAGACUGUUUCUCCCCCAAUCCUGCCACACCGAUCUCUGCGAGAAGAAGACAGGCCGAGGCUUCGGUCGUUGUGAGGUCCUCCAACGAGGAUGGCGACAGCGACGAACCCCUUGUAAUCCCGACCAGUGAUGUGGUGAAAAAGGUAGCUGUGACGGGAGCUACGGGGAAAACAGGAAAACUGGUGGUGGAAGAGCUGUUGAGUCGGAACGUCCAGGUAGUUGGUCUGGUGAGGAACGAAACAAAGGCAGAGGAACUGUACGGCGGUUCCCCUUCGGACAUGCUGGACAUUCAGGUAUGCAACCUUUCAGACCCGUCCUCCAUCGAAGAGGCCCUCGAGGGAUGCGAUGCCACCAUAUGGUGUGCUACCGGCUUCUCAGAUGCCCCCGGUGGCCCUCCUACCACGACCGUUAUGUCGUCCGAGCAGUCGAUCGACGUCGUUGGAGUUCCGGUCGUUGCCAAAACGAUGCUUCGAAACAGUGGUUCGGAAGAACGAGAACAAGCGUUCCCUAACGUGGUCAUGCUCAGCAGGUACGUAGUGUCAAUUACAUGAGAAGCGCUCUCAAACGGGAAAAAUCGCAACAGUUUGCUUUCGGUAUGCCAUUGAUGACACGACACGUUCUGAUUUUUUUCAUGUUCCAACGUUUUUGACACGAUACCAUACGAUAUAAUGCGACACAGCGCGGGGACCACACGACCGGGCUGGGACGAGGAAAAGAAGGAUCGACUCCGGGGGUGCGCCGACAUUCCCAUCGUCCGGCUCAACCCGUUUGGAAUCCUUGGCCUCAAGGCCGAGAGCGAGGCGAAGCUCCGGGAUACCGGUGCCGACUACUGCAUCGUCCGGCCAUGCGGGCUGAACGACAACUGGCCCGAGGGGGCCCGGCCCGUCGUGUCGCAGGGUGACGUGGCCGUCGGAAGGAUCAAUCGCAGGGACGUUUCCAGGAUCCUGUGCGACGUCCUGUCGCUCCCCGAGGCCCUACACAAGACCUUCGAGGUCCUCGGGCUGGGGGGCUACCCGCCCCCUUCGAGCAUCGGGCCCGCCCUGGAACGGCUCCGGACGGAUUCUGAGCCACCCUCCGAGGCCGAGGUGGAGGCGACGUACCUGGCCCUCCAGCAGCUGCUCCCGGGAGAGCGCCAGGACGCCGCAGCCCUUGCAAUGGGACAGACCUACGAGCAGCUGGACCGGGGAGAGACGGGACGGCUCGGUGAACGGGGCACAGAGAACGUUGACGCCGCAGGAAUCAAGCCCACCACGGCGGCCGCGUAAAACUCAGCGGGUCGACUUAUUCGCACAAUAUGCCAUGAAAUAUAUCAACGUAGCGGAU